GGAGCCAUUUUGUAGGAGCCAUUUCCGUUGAGUUUCGUAGAAACCAGGCUCCAAACGCAUGGACGGUUUACAUUGAGCUACAGCCAAAGGCACUGGAGACACUUUUCUAUAAGAAACGCCAUUCAGGAAAGACGACUUUACCGAUUUAGAGCUCGCUAGAGCUGGAAGCAGCGAAUCGGCAGCAAGCCAGUUAUAUUCCCGUUUUCCCGAGGGCAGCCAUGUGAUCGGCACGGAUUCCGUGACCACCGCAGCCGGCUCUGAUUGAUGUUAUCGCGGGGAGGGGGGCAUUGAUGUUCCUGGUUGUUGACCCGCGAUGAUGGAGGGAUUCUCAGCACUCUUCGCUUCCGCGGAGCCGCCGCCGCCUCUGCCGUCCGUUCCGGGAGCUCCAUCCGGCGUCCCUGCGUCCAGCGGCGGGUUCGGGUCGAGCAAGCCCCAAGUGACGGGGACUGCGAAUUCUUCGGUGCCCGGCCCCCCGCUGCCGCCUCCGCCGCCGCUCUCCGUGGGCUCCGCCGGGGACGACUCAGCCCGAAGAUCCCCGUCUGGCCCCUUCUACCUCCUCCGGGAGCUGCCGGGGCUUUCAGACCUGACGGGUAGUGUUAAUCUCAUAGUACAUUAUAACCUAGAACAUUCCUUCAGUAAGUUCUGUGGCAAAAAAGUUAAAGAAAAGCUCAGUAAUUUUCUUCCUGACCUUCCAGGUAUGAUUGAUACUCCAGGAUCUCAGGAUAACAGCAGCUUGCGUUCAUUGAUUGAGAAGCCACCAAUCUGUGGGAACUCAUUCACCCCGCUGACAGGCGCAUUGCUAACAGGAUUCAGACUUCAUGCUGGACCGCUCCCAGAACAAUGCCGUUUGAUGCACAUACAACCCCCAAAGAAGAAGAAUAAAAAACACAAAACUAGGACACAGGAGCCAGCACCCCCAGAAACCCCAUCCGAUUCUGAUCACAGGAAAAAGAAGAAGAAGCAAAGAGAAGAUGACCCAGAAAGACGUAGGAAAAAGAAAGAUAAAAAGAAAAAGAAGAGUCGCCAUAGCCCUGAGCACCCAGGAGCAGCAGGUUCACAGAGUGGUGUUCGCUAAAUGGCUGUUGUGCAUAUUACAAACCCCUUUUUACAUUGUUUUCUUUUUAAAUAAAACUCACUAAUCUUUA